CCGCCCCCCGCCCCCCGGCCGCCGCCGCCCUAUAAGUGGCCCGCCGCGGCCGCGGGGCCAUGGGGCGUGCCAGCGCGUCCCCGCCAUGGAGCCGGCCGAGGUCUUCCCGCUGGACGCCCUCGCCUACCUGCAGUGCGCGCUGGGCUUCCUGGGCUCCCUGCUGCUCCGGCAGGCGGCCUCGUCCUACGGGCGCUACGUGUCGCCGGGCGCCGCCUUCGGGGUGCCGGCGCGGGCCGCCUGGGCGCUGCAGGAGCUGCCCUCGCUGGCCGUGCCGCUGUGGGUGUGCGCCCGCACCGCGGCCGAGCGCCUCCGCCGCGCGCCCAACCGCAUCCUCCUGGCCAUGUUCCUCCUGCACUACGCGCAACGGUCCUUGAUUUUCCCAUUUCUGAUCCGAGGAGGAAAGCCGAUGCCCCUGUACACGUGUGUAUUGGCGUUCAUGUUUUGUGUCUACAAUGGCUACUUGCAGAGCAGAUACUUGAGCCAGUACGCCGUGUACACUGACGACUGGGUCACGGAUCCCCGGUUUCUAGUAGGUUUCUGCUUGUGGUUAAUCGGUAUGCUGAUAAACAUCCAUUCAGACCAUAUUCUGAGGAAUCUCCGAAAACCGGGGGAGACUGGAUAUAAGAUUCCCAGGGGAGGCUUAUUUGAAUAUGUAACAGCAGCCAACUACUUUGGGGAGGUGGUUGAGUGGUGUGGCUACGGCCUGGCCAGCUGGUCCAUUCAAGGUGGGGCCUUCGCUCUCUUCACCUUCUGCAUUUUACUCACCCGGGCACAGCAGCAUCACCGGUGGUACCUUGAGAAAUUUGAAGAUUACCCAAAAUUCAGAAAAAUUAUAAUCCCAUUUUUGUUUUAAGUUCAUUGUCAGUGGAAUGAUGUUGGACUUGAAACAUUCCAUGCUAUUUCUCUAAGGAUUAUGGAAAUGAAUCCUGUCUCUGUCAUUUUCCUGCUACUUCACCUUUUUCAAGAUUUGCCAUAGGAAUUUUUUUCUUAGUGAACUUGUAAGCUACUGAAUAAUACACUAAUCAGACUCAAAUGCAAGUUGAUAUAUCAGGCUGCAUACUAGGUUGAGAAUCUGGAACUCUGGGGCAUUCCAGCUGACCAUUUCUCUGAUUUUGGAGUCUCCUCUUUUGACUGCAUGCAGCUAAGUGUGCAAGACCAGGAUUACAAGCCAUCUCUGGUGGCCUCUGCGGACUGAAACAUCUCACUGCCCCUCGUACAACCUGUUCUAGCCACGAGUUCAAGGCCAAAGGCGAUGUUGCUCCCUCCCCUGAUAAAGCCAGGACCCUGCUGGGCCAGGGGCACCCACAGUGUGGUCACAGCCCCAGGAAAGUGCACAGGUUCUCACUGUGGGGCAGAGAACUCGGAGUGAGGAAGGAGAGACCCAGGAGGCCCAGCCAAGUCCUGGAGAAAAGGCAUCUGGAACUUUGAAAGUCACCUGGCUCCCCAGGUGACUCCACUGCAGGGUGGGGUGCUCGGUGCACUCAUAAGGGGUAAGCUGCUCUGUCCCCCACUGAAAGAUUUCUUAGAGGUCCCCAGUGCAGUGGGGAGCCCCAUUAUGCUGAUUGCCAUGGACAUCAGUAGUCUCUGGUUUAAGAUGAUUAUUCUUCCUUCUAGGUGGAACUAGGAUGUCAUAAGGCAUUUUUUUAAAGUACCCUCAAUAUUGCAAAAACAAUAUCUUGAAACAAUUCCUUACUCUAGAUGUGCUUGAAAGGUCCACAGGGAUGAAUGGCAGUAAUAACAAUGUACCAUGUAUUGCCAGAUAUUUAAAAGGAAUCUCCAUCCAGGAGGCUGUUAAAUCUUGGCCGCUCAAUGAAGCUCUGAUGGACACACAGCGGAGGUCCCCUCCUGCCCUGGGACAGUGCUGCCUGAGUGGCCACCACCUCCGCAAAGUGGGGGGACCGCAGGAGCAGGCAAAGGAGCAGACUGGUCACUCUGGCCCCCAGAUGCUGCUCAGUGGGUGGCGGGGGGCAUCUAGAGCACCCCAGGAGCUCCCUUCCUCACAAGGUUUUACGUAGAAGCCAUGUUCUCGGUGUUAGUGAUCCUUAGAGUCUCCUGUGAUUUCGGAAAUCACAGAAAACUUGUCCAAUACAGCUAUGCUUCAUUUUACCUGGACACACCAUGUUUUUGAAGAGAAAUUUUGUUAUUGAAUGACCCUUUUUCAACUGCUUGAAAACACAAAGCAAUAAAUAUUCUGGAUCUCCUCAGGAAUACUCGGAAUGCCGAGCACGUCACGAUCGAUCGGGGCUGCUAUGCUCUCUGGAAGGUGCACGGGUGGGAGCAGGAUGUUGGGUUGAGAGCCGGGAUCGCUUGCCUGGAAUGUUCCUUCUGUGUGUGAGCAGCACAGGCCCCGGCCCUUUGCGUUCCCCCGGGCUUUGCUGCGCCCUUCCUGCUUUGCCAGCCACGCUGCGUGCACAGUUGAUAGGAAGACUCCCUGUUCUAUCUUGUCUUCCUGCCCUCUGUUUCCUAAAACCUGUAGCUUAGCAAACUGCCACCAAUUACUGCGUUAAUUACUAUACGGAGAUUAAUAAACUUACAUAAAGUCCA